AUGGAGAGUGAAGUGGAAGCGAUGAACACCAGCCUUGACGGUCCUCUGAGCCCGAGGCCCCUGACCGGGUUGGGGAUGAACUGUCUUUUUGGCCAAAAGGUCCGACCCUCUGGGCCCGGCCUGGCCAGUCCUCAGGAGUUCAACCAGUGGCUGCCUUAUCGCCACGACGCCAGCCUGCUGCCCAUGAAAGAAGACCUGGCCUUCUGGCUCAACACCAUCAUGGGUGGGCACCUCACAGCAGACAGUCUCAUGGAAAGCUUGGACAACGGUGUUGUCCUCUGUCAGCUCGCACAGCUGCUCCAGGACAAGAUGAUGCACCCCAACAACGGCAAGCUCUUACUAAGGAGGGUGAUACACUGGCGUGCUGAUGCGUCUUCCGGAUCAUUCUUCGCCCGAGACAACACCGCUAACUUCCUGUACUGGUGUCGAAAGAUUGGCGUUGAUGAAGCUUACCUUUUUGAGUCAGAGGAUUUGGUCCUCCACAAACAACCUCGAGAGGUGUGCCUGUGCCUGAUGGAGCUAGGAAGGAUUGCAGCCAGGUACGGAGUGGAGCCUCCGGGGCUUGUGAAGUUGGAGAGAGAGAUCGAGAGGGAGGAGGCGGGGUGCUUAUCUCCAUCAUCCCCUCGGCCCCUCUCCUUUUUUCCUCCCAUAUCAUUGUAUUCCCCAUCACAAUCAUCCCUACCCCUAGCCCCCUCUCCUCCUCCUUCUCCCCCACCUGCGCCUCUCACUCCAAGCACAACCUGUCUGUCUGAACCCAUCGCUGCCUCCCUCGCCUCUGAUCUUCCAUCAGCCACAACAAGCCCAGUACCUACAUGUCCUACAUCCCCCCCUCAGUCCUCCCUCUCAGCCUCUAACCCUUGCACCACCACAGCCUCAACACAAACACCUUUGUUCUCUUCAUCCUGCACCACUAACACAUCAGCUUCAGCACCCUCGCCAGGCCAAACACUGGUAUCCACUUCCAAAGUCUCCUCUACCACAAUAAACAACCACACUCCCACCGCUACACCUCCCAUCACCUCCCCACCUGCAGCAGCUCGUUCCUCCGGCAGAUCCACAAGCCGGAGGAGCACAGGCACCACUAACAUUUUGGAUGACAUUGUGAGAAACAUUAUUGAAAAUCCCCCCUGCAGCUGUCCAACCAGGUUCCUUGUUGAGAAGCAACCUAAAGGCUGCUACCGAGUUGGGGAGAAACUUCUGUACAUACGGAUGCUGAAUGAGCGUCAUGUGAUGGUGCGUGUAGGCGGCGGCUGGGAGACCUUCAUAAGUUACCUCCAGAAGCAUGACCCCUGCAGAGGAGGAGGUCCGGUCAGCAGAUCUGAGGUCAGAGUCUGCAGAGACAAAGCGAAGCCACUCAGUUUGAGCAUCUCACCCGACAGCUAUUUGGUGGUCGGUGCGCAUUACCGGGGCAAGAAGUAG